UCCAAGGAUCAACAUUUUUUUUCUCUAAACGCGGCUCCUCUUUCCCAUUCACGCGCCGCCGUUCACCACCACAUCAUCUCUCACCGCCACCACCCAUAACGUUACCGUCAUCAGAAGGAAAAAGGAUACUUCCAUUUAUGAAUCAUAUGUUAUUAAUAUGGGCGGUGUGACGUCAUCCAUCGCCGCUAAAUUCGCGUUUUUCCCUCCGAAUCCUCCGUCGUACACGGUUGUUUCUGACAAGUCAUGUGGCGGUAAAUUAUGCAUACCUGAGAUACCUCGGAGGGAAAACGUCGACGUUUUGAAGCUGCGGACUCACCGGGGAAACGAAAUCGUCGCCGUAUACGUGAAGCACCCAAAGGCAUCCGCCUCUAUGCUUUACUCUCAUGGAAAUGCUGCUGAUUUGGGGCAAAUGUUCGAACUGUUUGUUGAGUUAAGCCUCCGUCUUCGGGUCAAUCUCAUGGGGUAUGAUUACUCUGGAUAUGGACAGUCGACUGGAAAGCCAUCUGAGUGUAAUACGUACGCGGACAUUGAUGCAGUAUAUAAAUGCCUAAAGGAGCAGUACGAGGUCAAAGAUGAACAGCUAAUACUGUAUGGUCAAUCUGUUGGAAGUGGUCCAACCAUUGAUCUUGCAUCACACACACCCAAUUUAAGAGCUGUUGUUUUACACGGUCCAAUAUUGUCUGGUCUAAGAGUGUUGUACCCUCUCAAACACACACAUUGGUUUGACAUUUAUAAGAAUGUCGAAAAGAUUAGCUUGGUGAAUUGUCCUGUUCUAGUCAUCCAUGGAACAGCAGAUGAAGUUGUUGAUUGCUCCCACGGGAAACAACUCUAUGAACUGUGCAAGGAGAAGUAUGAACCAUUAUGGAUAAAUGGAGGCGGUCAUUGCAACCUUGAACUUUACCCGGUUUACAUCAAGCAUCUAAAAAAGUUUGUUCUUGGUCUUGGCAAAUCAAAGACUGCUACAAAUGGUUCUCAUAAACCAUCUUUAGUCUCUGACACUAAGAAGCCAGCUGAAAGUGUCUCCUCAAACACACUCAAUCUGCAUUCUGACCUUCCAGAAAUUUCAAGAAACAGUUUGGAUAGUCGACUUGAUAAGGCAAAGAAGUCGAACAAACCUGAGAAGUCUCGGAUGAGCACAGGUUGUGUUGACAGGUUUAGGAGACGGAAGGGAUUGGUGUGGUAA